AUGGCCUUCCUCGCACCGCCAAGGGCACCAGUCUCCCUCCCCUCGUCCGCCUUACCUCACGCCAAACCGUGUCAGUCUAAACAGGUGAAAUUCCCAAGGUCUGCCAAACCAGUGCGGUGUUUAGCCGGCGGCGAGCAGCCGUCAAGCGGCAAUGGCAGCUUGACCGGUCGCUCGGGGAAUGUCGGGAACCCUAAUCUCGCCGGCACCGACUCGUCCACUAGCGGUCCGUCCAAUGGCGCGUCGUCAGCUUCGUCCUCGAAGCCGGCCGCGGCGCCGUCGGCGGGCGCCGCCGCUGCGCUGCGCGCAUUGGACGCGCAGCUGCUGGAGCUGGCACGGGAGGAGCGGCAAAAGCGCGGGAUAGGGAUGGGGAGUGGGGGAAGCGAUGGCGCAAGGAGAGAGGGCGCGGCUGGGCCGGCCAUUUCAGGGCCCAGUAGCAGCAACGAGAAGCCAGCCCCCUCACCACAGAUUCUCCUCCCCCCGGCCCCCCCCCACCGCACUCCCCCUUCUCCCUUUUGUCUUCUUCCCCACCCCACCUCUCCCCCCCUCAACUCGUCCCCAAGGGCAGCCUUGCAAGUGGGGCGAAUGGCGAGUGCGGAGGGAUGGCCGGAAUUUGACACGCCAUUCCUAGCCUACUCCGGCGGUGCCCUACUGCUCUUCACCCUCCUCUCCAACCUUGUCUUUGCCUGGGGCUCCAAGACCUUCGCCCCCCCUGCUGCUCUCCUAGACUCCUCCUCCCCCUCUGAAGCUGCUACUGCCGCCCAGCCGCGGUCUCAGAUGGCAAGGUUGAUCCAGGAGAAGCUGCGGAGAGGUGCGGAGCUGAAUGGCUAUGUGAGGGUGGUUGAGGCGCCACCGUUACUGGAAGAGUGA